AUGGCCAGCCCACACGGCUCAGAGCCACCCUCAGCAGCGAGUGGUAGCGUCACCGCCCGCAUCAAGGGCCUUCGCAAAACCACACCGUAUUGGUACGAAUUCCAAACGUAUAGCAAGCUCCGAUGGUUCGGCCGCGAGCUGAUCGAGAUCAUGACUACCGAGUUCCGCGAUCGGACGAAAGAGUACUACGUCUGGGCAAUCCACAAAGGCAUCUGUACCGUCAACGGGCGUAAAGCUGAAAUCCAUCAGAUCAUUGGAGAUGGAGAUAAGAUCUGCAACAGCGUCCAUCGACACGAACCCCCCGUAACGGACGAACCAAUCAAGAUCAUUCAUAGAGAUGAUGAAGAGGGAAUAUUGGUCAUCGUCAAACCAGGAUCUAUCCCCGUUCAUGCAGCAGGGAGGUACUUAAGACAUACGCUGACGGGGUUGUUGAAGUCGGAACAUGGGAUAGAGAUGGUGUACACAACGAAUAGGUUGGAUAGGCUAACGAGUGGGAUUAUGGUCUGUUCGACUAAGAAGGAGACUGCGAGUAGGCUAGGUGCGCAAUUUGCCGCUGGUCAGGUGUCCAAAGCCUACGUAUGCAGGGUGAGGGGGCAGUUUCCCGAAGGCGAAAUCGUCUGCAAAGAACCCAUCCUCACCAUCGACCGCCAGAGCGGGGUCAACAUUGUUCACCCGAAAGGAAAGUAUUGCGAGACGAUCUUCGUCCGGCUUUCCUAUGAUCCCUCCACUUACUCUUCCGUCAUUUUCUGCCGUCCCAUUACCGGUCGAACACAUCAAAUUCGAGUCCACGUCCAGUAUCUGGGCCACCCAAUCUGCAACGACCCAAUCUAUGGCCACAACAUCUGGUCCCAAGUCGACCCGUCCUCCUUCGCCGAAGUCAUCCCUGAUCAAUGGAAGAAGGUUGGAGGCCAAAUCGGCCAGAAAGAAGUCGAGAUGAUUGUAGACGCAAUAAAAGGAGAUCAGGACGGACAAGAAGAUUGGGCUCGAUGGAAAGAUGAAGUCUUAUUCAAAGAUAUGAUUGCCCAAGAAGGACUCGAGAAUGUACACGUUCCCGGUCCCAACGGUCGUUCUAGUCGGCCUGCUGACGACUUGCUCAAACGAGCAUUGCAAAAGCUCGAACUCGAACAUGGCGAGCUUCCCGCCAAGGGUUUGAAUAGACCGGUGGAUAUUGAAACAGCAUGGCAGAAACGAGUAAGGGAACAAUCUUCCGAUUUCUGCCCGGAAUGCAAAAUCCCGCUGUUGCCGGAUCCGAAGCCGAAGGAGCUAUAUAUAUACUUGCAUGCGAUCAAGUAUUGGACGGACGAAUGGAGUUUUGAGGAUGCUCUGCCGUGGUGGGCGAGAGAGGAUUGGCAGAGUAUCAGUCCGCACGGAUUGGGGAUGGGGGAAGGGGUGGAGGAGGCGAGAGUACCGGAAGGAUUGGCGGUGGCGAAUAAGACCGAGGCUCAACUAGCUAGUGGUGGCAGUGCGGCGAUUUCGAGUUUGAUUACGAGCGAGAUAGAGGAAAAGGCUUCGAGAUUGGCUGAACCGCAAAAGUAUGCUCAACUGGAUUUGGGAGUUGAGGUGACAAAGGUAAAGCAAUUGGUUGAUUAUGCUCCCUCUCCAUCCUCUUCGAGUGAUAGGAGCAGUGGUGGUAAGGUGAUGCAGAAGGUGGGGAAAGUGGAUGUUCCGGUGGUGUUCCAGGUGUUUGGAGGGUUUGAAGACUUUGCCCAGCGAGAGAUUCUUCAGCAGACUCUGCAUCAGCUUCCCUCCGACGCGAUGGCAGCGUUGACAUCAAAGCAAUCAAUAUCGUCAAGCAUUCACUCCGGUCACGUUCGAGUGCUGGACGACCAGUUGGCAACAAGCGCAAUGGAUGCAUACUUUGAUGCGAAACUGGGCAUUACAAAGACAGCUUACCUCCUCACAAGUCUCAACGAGUUCCCGAGAGAGCUGGCAAAGGAGCUGAAGCACGAGAAGUUCAUCGGCGGUUCGAGUAAGCGGGCGAGAUGGAAGGCGAAAGAACUCCGAAAAGCUCUAGCAAAGAGGGAGGGGAAGAAAUUGGGUAGGCAAAAGACUACACCUGGGUUGAUUGCCAAACUUGCUGUCCUGCGCACAGAUGAUGCUGAGGACGAGCAUCAGAAUGCUGAAACGGUGGGGGCUGUAGCGGAGAAGCAAACUUCAGACGAUGCCUUACCCUUGACCUCAGGAGCUAGCGACGCAGGAACAGAAGACGGCUCUCCAUUCCCCUCCGAAGUACGACUACUUCAGCUACUCGAUAGCAUCUGGGAAUCUUCCCUCCCUCAACUCAACCAAGCCCUCGCCACCUGGACACGCAUCAUCGAAUCGACCACCUACAUUACCCUAACACCCGAGCUUCGCACUUAUCGCGCCACUGUCGAUCGCGCGACGUACAAUCUUCCCUCGCUCAACUCGCAAACGAUGGAGCGAUACGUGGGCGAGCUCGCUUGGGAUUGGCUCAACGGUCCUGACCACCGCAAUACUGAUCGAUCAGCGCCAACGCCUUGGAAGGUCGACUUGGAAAAGCCUUUGUUGGAUAUCACAUUGAAGUUCUUCCCCGGGUUCGGGAUCGGGGAUGAGUUUGAAAAGGAGCUUAGCGAGGAGGACGAUCCAGCGCUCAAAACGGAAGGUCAGAUCGCGUUUAUGCUUAAGCUUCCCGCGCCUACCGCACAGCAUGCGAGAAGGCCACCCGGUAGAAACGCGCUGCUAGUUGGAGGUACUACGAUGGCGGAAUACCGUGCUGCCUCGCUUGCUCUCUCCCUUCCUCUGCCGCUGGAGCGAAAGACGAAGGAUGUGCUGCAGAGCGGGGAAGCACUGGAACCAGUUCGAAUCCUCGAACCGUGCUGCGGCCACGGCUCACUAGUGUUCGAAACAGCAGCUAUGCUGGAAGCGUGCAACAUGGCGGGUGUUGUCUUCGGCUGCGACAUGGACGCAGAAACCGUCUCGCGUGCUCAACAGAUCUCCACUCUCGCUGAUCUCUCCCCUACUUCCUUACCCGUUCAAGUCCACCUCUCAGCAGUUGAUGGAACAGACGGCGCUUCGUUGGAACACUUUGUCGGUGGACGCAACUCGAUCGAUGCUAUCCUCACCGAUCUUCCCUGGGGUAAGCGGGAGAAAGCAGCCCAAUCACUAAGUAAGCUAUACAGCUUCUUCCUCGAGUCUUGGUUCAGCGUUCUCCGCACCGGAGGGUACAUUAUGACGGUGACCGCGGAACAUAGGACUCUGUCAAGGGCACUGAGUGUGUUCGAGACAACGUGCAGGAAGAAGAGGGCGGGGGCGGUGCUGGUUAUGGAAGAUGUUAGGAUGCUGAGCAGCGAUGGGGAGGAUGUGGGGAUGGAAGAGUGGGAAGAGGAGAAAGUGAAGAGGCAAGGGUUGUUGGAAGCACAGAGGAACGGGAAGAUGAGGAAGAUUGAGAUCGGAUACCAUGUCUAUGUGUUUUUGAUACGGAAGGUUGCUAUCUGA